AUGGAGAACAAGCGAGAUGGCAAGGACUCUGAGCAGGACAGCAGGUUCCGGCAGCUGCAGGAGCAGCGGAUGGGUGUGCAGCAGAAGACCUUCACCAAAUGGAUGAACAGCAUCUUCCUUAAGAACCGGGAGAAGGUCAACCUGACUGAUAUUUACACAGAGCUCAAAACUGGGGAGCACCUGGUGCAUCUCUUGGAGCUCAUAUCUGGCGAAUCUCUGCCAAUCCGAAGUCGCCCCAAAAUGCGGGUCCACUUCCUGGAGAACAACAGCAUUGCCAUCAACUUCCUCAAGAAAGAAAAGAUCCGAGUGGACCUGAUUGGUCCUGAGAAUGUUGUGGAUGGAGACAGAACACUCAUCCUGGGUCUGAUAUGGAUCAUCAUCCUGAGGUUCCAGAUUGGAUCCAUCAUGAAUCAGGAUGAGGUGGACGGCCAUAGCUCUGCCCGUCGAUCCGCCAAAGAGGCCCUCCUUAUCUGGUGCCAACGCAAGACAGCUCCCUACGACAACGUCAAUGUGCAAGACUUCUCUGGUAGCUGGCGAGAUGGUCUGGCAUUCAACGCCCUCAUUCAUGCGCAUCGGCCCGACUUGUUUGAUUACCGGCGCCUGCGCGAGGACGACCCGAUGCGGAACCUGACUCAUGCCUUCGUCCUGGCCGAGAAGGAGUUUGGCAUCAUGCAGCUACUGGAUGCCGAGGACAUCAUGGUGCCGCACCCGGACGAGCGCUCCAUCAUGACCUACGUCUCACUGUACUACGACUACUUCUCCAAGAUGAAGCAGGGUCAGACGGUCCAGAAGCGUAUCGCCAAGAUCGUGGGUCUCUUGAAAGAGAUAGAUGACCUGAAGCAGGACUACGAGCGGAUGGUGACCGACUUGCUGCGAUGGAUACAGGCGAAAGUAGUGCAGCUGAACGACCGCCGUUUCCCCAACUCCCUGCGCGAGAUGCAGGUCCUGGUUGCCGCCUUCAAGACCUACCGGACCGUGGAGAAGCCUCCAAAGUACCAGGAGCGUGGAGCGCUCGAGGCCCACCUGUUUAACCUGCGCACCAAGCUAAGCGCCAACAACCAGCGAGCUUACGUUCCCCCGGAAGGCCAGACACUUCGAGAUGUGGAGCGUGAGUGGCUUGUGUUGGAACGCGCCGAGCAUGAGCGCGAGGGAGUUCUUCAGGCCGCCCUGCUGAGGCUGGAGCAUUUAGAACAGCUCGCGCAGAAGUUUGAACGCAAAGCAGGGCUACGAGAGAGCUACUUGGAUGAGGCGCAGCGACUGGUUGUACGGCAAGACCCGCUCUCGCUGGAUGACCUGGAAGACGCGCAUGCCAUGGCCAGGAGGCUGGAGGCGUUGGCCACCGACGCUCUCGCCCGGGAACCGCGUUUCAGAGCGCUUAGCGAGAUGGCUGCCAUCAUUCAGAGAGAGAACUACCAUAGCAAGGAGAAGGUGGCUCGUAGAGAGCAGAAAAUCUCUCAGAGCUGGCAGAAGUUCGUGGAGGGGCUGAAAGAGAGAAGGGCCCUGAUGAGCGAUGUAGUGAACACCCUCUCAGUCCUCAGGGACAUACAGUUGGCUUCACAGGAUCUCAGUGAACUGCAGAUGCAGGCUGGCUCAGUGGAGUAUGGCAAGCAGCUGGAGGAGGUAGUGGAGCUCCUGCAGAAGCAGGACCUGCUGGACGCUCAGAUCUCGGCCCAGGGGGAGACCCUGGGCUCUCUGAGCGCCCGCGCCCUGAAGAAGGGGGCACACCGGGACGAGCGGCAGGUGCAGGCCAGCGUGCGCCAGCUUCAGAGCCAGUACAGCGCCCUGCAGGCCCUCAGCAAGAAGAGGAGGAAAGCUCUGGAGGAGCAGCGGGAGCUGUUUGAGUUUCUUUUUGACUGUGAGGAGCUGGAGGCCUGGAUCUACGAGAGAUGGAUCCUUCUGGUGACCGCUGGCCUGGGCAGAGACCUCAGCCAGAUCCUGCAGGCUCAGCAGAAACACAAGGUGCUGGAGGCGGAGGUGCAGUUCCAUGAGUCUGUGCACGCGUCCGUGGUGUUGCGUGGGAAGGAGCUGUGCGGCAGGAAGCCGCCCAAUGAGAAGGCCAUCAGGAAGUGGCUGCUGACACUAGGACACCAAUGGGAACAGCUCAGGGAAGAGGUGACCAAUCACAGAGAGCGUCUGCAUGCUGCUAAUGUCAUCAAACAGUAUUUCGCCGACGCGGCCGAGGCCAACUCCUGGCUGGGCGACCGCAGGCCCAUCCUGGCCAGCGAGGAUUACGGGAAGGACGAGUGGAGCAGCGACGCUCUGCUGCAGCGCCACCAGCGGCUGGAGAAGGAGAUCGGCGCCUACACCUCGGAGGUCAAGCGCCUGGCCGAGCACGCCAGGAACGCUGCCCAGAUGACCGCUCUAACUGUGGAGCCUCAGAAGAGGAAGAUGGCUCAGUUCAGUGAUUCCUCAGGUGAGGAUGAGGAGAAGGGUCAGAAGGAGCGAGGGAGGGUGACCACGCUGAAGAGACAGAGCACGGCACCAAAGGCUCCUCCUGAGCCCCAAGGAGCCACAGCCAAGAUGAGAUACAAAUACAGAGGAAAACAGUUGACCAUGGACCGUGGGGAGAUGAUCACUAUUCUAAACCGGGAGAGUAAGGACGGCUGGUUGGUGAGAGACACUAAAGGGAAUGAGCAGCUGGUUCCUGCUAUGUACAUAGCCGAAACUCCCAUGUCAGGAGCGCCCCCCGCGCCCACAACCUCCCCGCCCACUAACGGGCUGUCCCAGAGCCCCCCGCGGAAGGUGAGUCGCCCCCGACGCAGCCGCUCCAUGCGCCGAGGCACCGCCGAGAUCUCGGCCAAGUGGAUCCCCGACGACCACUUCCAGCGGGACACGGUGGAGGACACCCAGCAGGAGCUGGAGGAGGACUACCGCAGCCUCGUCCAGCUGGCCAAGUCGAGGAAGCAUGCUCUGGAUGAGACCGCCCAGUUGCACCACUUCUACAACACGUGUGAGGAGUUUGAGUCGUGGAUGGAGGACAAGGAGCACAUCCUCAACACCUUCAGCGCCGACGCAGACGACGUCACGGCAGUGCAGGCCAACUAUGAGAACUUCCUCACAGAGCUGGCCAGUGGGAAGGGACAACUGGAUGACAUCAACCGACUGGGGGAGGGGCUUGUGAACAGCCGCCACAGCAAAAAGCGAGAGAUUCAGACCAAACAAGGGAUGGUGACCGCCAGGUGGGCGCGUCUGCAGAAGCUGAAGGACGAGAAGGCCCACGAGCUGCUGAGCUCGGCCGACGUGCGCUCCUUCCUCCACAGCUGCGAGGAGGCCAAGGGGCAGCUGCAGGAGAAGCUGCUCCAGCUGGACAACCCCGACGUGGGCAGCUCCCCCGCCGCACUCCACGCCGAGGAGCGCAAACAGCUGCAGGCCCUGAGGGACAUCGACGCCCUGGAGAGGAAGAUCGAGUACCUGAAGAGCGUGGCUAAAAUGAAACAGGACUGCAGCCCGGCGGAGAGCGCCGCCAUCCUGGAGGAGGUGCGCGGCCUGGAGUCUCUCCUGCGCAAAGUGCGGGCCCAGGCGGCGGAGCGGCAGAGGAGGCUGGAGGAGGCGCGGAGGCUGCAGCUCUUCCAGGGCAGCUCGCGGGACCUCCUGAUGUGGGCGGAGGCGGCGCGCGAGCAGAUGGCCGAGGAGGAGCAGGGCCUGGACGUGGCCUCCGCUCAGGCCCUGCUGGACAGGCACCAGGAGCUGAAGCAGGACAUCCAGCGGCAGAGGGACAAGCUGAAGGAGUUGGAGAAGCUGGGCAACACCCUGGAGGCCGCGGAGGUGCGGCGCACACUGGCCCAGCUCGAGGAGGAGUGGACCGGGCUGGACCGCCUGUGGUCGGGCCGCAAGCGCCGGCUGGAGCAGGGCCUGGAGCUCCAGAAGCUCAACCUGGAGGCUGACCGCAUCGAGGCCACACUCUCGGCUCACGAGGCCCGUCUCAGAGUCACCGACCUCGGGGACUCUGUGGAUAAUGUACACAGCUUGCUGGGCAGGCAGGAUGAGCUGGAGGCCCUGCUUAAUGCUCUUCAGCUGCAGAUCAACAGCUUCCAGGAGAAGAGUGGAGAGCUGGUGAAAAAGCGCCAUUUUGCUGCUGAACAGAUCCAGGGGAGAUCAGAGGGUAUCCAGGAGAGGAACCUGAGAGUUAGAGAAAGCUGUAAGGCCAGGAGGGGCCAGCUUCUUGCCUCCAAAAAACAUCAGGAGUUCCUUAGAGACGUGGAGGAGAUGCUCCUGUGGAUGGACGAGAAGUUUGAGAUUGCAGACGACGAGUCUUACCGGGACCCCACCAACGUGCUCCGCAAGCUCAAGAAACACGAGGCAGCCGAGAAGGAGAUGCAGGCCAACCAAGUACGCUUGGACCGGCUGCUUGAGCUAGGGGAAGAAGUCCAGGUGGACAGUCCCUCCAGGAGACAGGAGGUGCAGAAGACGUGCCGGCAGGUGCGCCGGCGCUGGGACGAGCUCCAGACCAAGAUGGCCGACAGAGGAGAUAAACUCAGACAGGCCGGUCAGCAGGAGCAGCUAAUGGAACUUCUACAGGAUGCCAAGCUGAAGAUCGAGACCAUCCAGCGGAUGCUGCAGUUUGCGGUGAAGGGUGAGGACCUGUACUCCAGCCGCAAGCUCCUCAAGGAGCACCAGCAGCUGGAGCAGGAGGCCCAGGAGCUCGCCGACAAGAUCAACUCCAUCGUGUCCCGCGCCAAACACCUGGCCACCAACCACUUCGACUCCAAGACCCUCCUGCAGGAGACCGACACCUACCUGAAGCUGUUCAAGUCCCUGCAGAAGCCCUUGGACGAGCGCAGGAGUCAGCUGGAGGCUGCGGUGGAGCUGUUUGGCUUCUACCACGACUUGGACCUGGAGCUGACGUGGAUCGCCGAGCACCAGCCCAUCGCCGAGACCAGCAGCUACAGCAAGUCCCUGGCUGGAGCCAUCAGUCUGCAGAAGAAACACAAGGAGCUGCAGGCGGAGGUGACCGCUCACCGGCAGCAGGUCCAGCGCAUGCAGGAGCGGGGCUCGGCCCUGAGGAGGACGCACACCUGGGCCAGCAAGGAGCUGCAGCAGAGGAGCGACCAGCUGGCCGAGGAGUGGGAGGAGCUGGAGGAGUCCUGUGACCGCAGGGCCGUCCACCUCAACAAAGCCCUGACCCGUGAGCAGAUCUUGCUGGACUGUACAGAACUGGAGACGCGAGUGUGCGAGUGCUUGGCCCUAGUCAGUUCUGAUUAUGGCAAAUCAGAACCUGCGACCCAGAGCCUGAUCAAACAGCACCAGGCCGUAGAAGGGAAGAUAGAGGUUCUGGUGGCAGAGGUGGAAGAUCUAAAGAGCAGUGUGGACCGUGCCGUAAAGAACAUGGGCCUCGAUGAACUGAACCGUCCCUACAGCCGCAUCCGCAGCCAGAUGACGGAACUGGAGCACCUGGCCUCUCUUCGGGCUCAGAAGCUCCAGGAGGCCCUGCAUCUGCACGAGUUCAAGCGCGAGUCCUCAGACCUGGAGGACUGGAUCUCCCAGCAGAGACAGAUCGCCUCGUCGGAGGACUACGGCACCGACUACAAUAGCGUCCUGCAACUCCGUGGGAAGUUCGAGGUGUUUCGUCAGCAGCUGGAGGUGGGAAUGGAGAGACUGCACAGCUGCGGGAAGUUAGCAGACUCGCUCAUCAAAAACAACCACCCAGAGAACCUCUUCAUACGCAACACACACAACGAGCUCAGGGAACAGUGGGAUGACCUGCACACUCUGGCUAAGGAGAGACAUGACAAGCUCGAGCAGUCAGAGAAAUGCCACAGAUGCUACAAAGACCUGAUGGAUGCACUUGCACAGAUAGAGGAGCGCUUGAAGAGCGUACCUGAAGACAUCGCAAAGGACCGGCAGGGAGUUGAGUCUCAGUUACGCAAACAUGAGGCACUGGUUCUUGAGCUCUCUCGGAAUGAGGAGCAGCUCCAGGAGCUGCUGGACACGGUGGACAGUGCUGCCGUGCUGGGAGCGUGCUCAGAAGUGCUCAGGGCCAAGCUGCGGGAGAGGCAGCAGGAGCUGGUGGAGCGCUGGGAGAAGCUGCGCCUCCACGUCGAGAAGAGGCUGGAGAAGCUCAACCACGCCAGCCGAAGAUACCUCUUCCUCAACACUGCUCAGGACUACACCCUGUGGAGUUCCCAGGUGUUAGGUGGUAUGCGGGCGGAGGAGUCCAUCCGGGACGUGGGCACGUGCCAACUGCAGAUGGACCAGCACCAGCAGCUCUGGGCGGAGAUAGUGGCACGGGAGCAGAGCUACACCCGCGCGCUCGACAGGGGAGAGGAACUACUGAAGCUGGACCCUUCCCAUGCCAAAGAGGUGCGUGAGAAGCUGAGCUCCCUGCAGCAGGACCGAGAGGAGCUCCAUGGCCACUGGAAGAAGAAGAAGCGUUGGCUGGAGCUCACACAUCAGGAGCAGGUCUUCUACAGAGACUCCGAGCACCUGGACACCAUCUCCAACUCACAAGAGAUUCUGCUGAAGAACAGUGAUCUGGGCAGCUCAGUGGAUGAGACAGAAAGACUCAUCAAACGUCAUGACGCCUUCCAGAAACUUCUCACCACUCAGGAGGAGAAGAUGAUUGCGCUGCAAGAACUGGCUAGCCGUCUGCAGAAGGAGGACCUCAAGCGCGAGAGCGCCAAACGCAUCCGCAACAAACUCGGCGCCCUCGAGGAGAGGAGGAGACGCAUCCAGGAGCUGUCCGUCAAGCGCGGGGAGGACCUGGACAUGUCCCGGCUGCUCUGCAUCUUCAGUCGGGAUGCUGCCGAGGCAGAGGAGUGGGUGUCGGAGCGCAUGCAGAAGAUGCAGGAGGACACCAAGAUGGACCUGAGCAACCUGCAGACCAAGAUGAAGCUCCUGCAGAAGCACCAGGUGUUCGAGGCCGAGAUCCUCGCCCACAGCAAGAUCAUCGAGUCGGUACAGAAGGCUGGGGAUGAGCUGAUCACGCUGUACCACCCGCAAUCUAAGGAGAUACGCUCCACCAUCACAGCCCUCAUCAAAUACUGGGAGGAGCUCAAACUGGCCGUGGCGGCAAGAGGGAAGGUUCUGGAGGACAACCGAGACUUCCUGGAGUUCCUGCAGAAGGUGGAGCAGGUGGAAAUGUGGAUCAGACAGAAGGAAGUGAUGAUAAAUGUGGGAGAUGUUGGGAAGGACUUUGAGCAUGGCGUUCAGCUUCUGAAGAAACUGAACGAGUUCAGAGGAGCAGGGACAGGGGAGGUGACUAUGGACGACGGGCACAUCAAGACCAUCAGCAACCUGGCCGCCCGUCUGGAGAGGCAGAACUGUGAAGAGCUGGAGACGGUGAAGAAGAGGAAACAGCAGCUCAACGAACGGUGGAAUAAUUUCCAUGGUGACCUGAGCAGCUAUAAGAAGAGGCUGGAGGGAGCCCUGGAGGUGCAUGCCCUCGUUAGGGAGCUGGAGGAAGUACGCGACAGAGCCAACGAGAAGAUGCUGUUGUUGCAAGAUGGAGACUGUGGCUGGGACGUCGAGAGUGUCGAGGGCUUGAUUCGCCGGCAUGAGGAGACCGAGAGGGAGGCCAGGGUGAUCCAGGAAAGAGGAACGGCUCUGGAGAAGGAUGUGAAAGGUCACCUGAGGGGUCAGUCAGAGCUGACGGACAGGCUCAAGCAGAAGCAGAAGGAGAUGAACACCACGCUACUGAACCUGGAGAAAGAGGUCAAACUCAGAAAGGAGCGCUUGCAUGAUGCACACGAGCUGCAGCUCUUCAAGGCCAACCAGCGCCUCCUGUUGGACGUGACGCUGAAGAACAGCUCGGAGAUGGCACAGAAAGGACUGCCAAAGAGCAAAGCUGAGGCCGAGAGGAUGAUCGCCGAACACAAGGACUGGAAGACAGAGAUUGAUGCUCGCGCUGAUCGUAUCGACUCGGUGAGGAGCUUUGGCCAGAGGCUGGUGAAGGCUGGCCACCGCUCAGUGGAGGAGAUCAAGGCGGCCCUGACGAGCCUGGAGGACGCCAAGAAGGGACUGGACAAAGCCUGGCAGGACAGGAGGUCAAUGCUGGACCAAGCCCUCAGUUUACAGGUCUUCCUGGGCUAUGUGGAACAGAGCGAGAGCUGGCUCAGUAACAAGGAGGCGUUCCUGGCCAAUGAAGACUUGGGGGGCUCCUUGUCAGAGGUGGAGGAGCUUCAGAGGAAGCAGGCUCUGUUUGAGCAGACGCUGGAGGCUGAGGUGGAGCAGGUGGAGGCCGUGCAGCGUCUCUCUCAGCAGCUCCAGCAGCAGAAGCACUACGACUCCACCAACAUCCAGAGCAAGAGCAGAGCGCUGCAGCUCAGGAAAGACAAGCUGUUGGAGACGAGUAGAGCUCGGCAUCAGGCCCUGGAGGAGUCACUGCAGCUCCACCGCUUCCUGAGUGGCAGCUACGAGCUCUGCUCCUGGCUCAAUGAGAAGAAUGCCAUCGCCCUGGACGAGAACUGGAGGGAUCCCAUCAACCUGCAGGCCAAGCUCCUGAAGCACCAGAGCUCAGAGGCCGAGAUCCUGGCCAACCACAGCCAGGUGGAGGCCCUCUCCAAGGACGGUGAGAGGAUGCUGGCUGCCGGACACCCUGCUGGGCAGAAGAUUACGCCCAGGCUGAAGGACCUGAAGGACAGCUGGACACAGCUCCUGGACAACUGCAAAGAGAAAAAAUCACGCCUCCAGCAAGCCUACCAGGCCCUGCAGUUCCAGCGCUCCCUGGAUGACAUGGAGGAGUGGCUGAGCUCCGUGGAGAAGGACGUCUCCAGCAAGGACUGCGGGAGCGACCUGGCGUCGGUCAUCCGGCUGCUGAAGGCCCUGCAUGAUCUGGAGGAGGUGGUGGACGGCCACCAGGAGCGGCUCAAGGCCCUGGUGGACACCUCCAAGGACCUCUCUGCCCAAGGCAACUUCCUGGCCAAGGAAAUCCAGCAGAGAGUCCAAGGAGUAGUUAACAGAUACAACAACCUGGCCGAUCCCCUGCAACUGCGAAGGGAGACCCUGGAGUCGUGGCACCUGCUGUUCCAGUUCAACCGCGACGUGGAGGACGAGCUGGCCUGGGUUCAGGACAAGCUGCCCGUGGCCUCCUCCAAAGACCUGGGCACAUCACUCCAGAGCACAGAGGCCAUGCUCAAGAAGCACCAGGUGCUGAAGCAGGAGAUCACGAGUCGCACUCCGCUGGUGCAGGCCGUGCAGGAGGCGGGGCAGAACCUUGUGCGCGGGCGGCACUUUGCCUCCCGUGACGUCAACGAGAGACUGGACGAGCUGAAGGACCUCUUUGAGACCCUGAAGAAGGAGUCGGAGGCCAGGGGCCUACUGCUUCAGGAGGCCUUCAAAAUACAGACCUUCCUCUCUGAGUUGUCUGAGCUGGAGCUGUGGAUGGAGGAGCAGAAGCCGGCCCUGGAGUCCAGAGACUUUGGGAAGAGCGAGGAGGCCACAGAGGCUCUGUUGAAGAAGCUGGACGCUGUGGACCUGGAGCUGGAGAACCACCAGGGGAAGCUGACCUCGCUUCAGAAGAGGGGGGACCAGCUGAAGACCAGUGGCCACCCUAACAGCCCUCUAGUGAGCACGGGUCUGGCGGCUGUGGAGAAGCAGUUCCAGGCCCUGCAGCAGCUGUCUGCCACCCGCCGGACUGCCCUCCAGGACCAGCUGCACCUGUACGUGUUUGAGAGGGAGGCUCAAGAGCUGCAGGCCUGGUUCCACACGCGCAUCGCCCAGGCCCAGUCACAAGACUUCGGACAAGACCUAGAGGAUGUGGAGGUCCUCCAGAAGAAGUUUGAGGACUUCUCAGGGGAGGUGGGCUCCCUGGGUCAACACAAGCUGGCCAGCGUCCAGCAGCUGGGCCAGAAGGUGAGCUCCAGUGGGGCCCAGCUGAGGGGGAAGACCCUGAAGCAGCUGUGGGAGGAGCUUAACCAGGCCGUCAAGACCCGUGCAGAGAAUCUACACUCGGCGCGUGAAGUGCACCAGUUUGACAGCGACGUGGACGAGCUGAAGAGCUGGAUGAGUGAGAAGGAGGCGGGCCUGGACUCUGAGGAGCAGAACCACGACCUGCUGAGUGUUCAGGCGCUGAUCAGCCAACUUGAGGGUUUGGAGAGAGACCUGCUGGUGAUUGAGGAGGAGGUGCAGCGUCGGCAGGAGGAGGGUGCAGACCUGGUGCGCCGGCUGCCGCAGGUGGAGGAGAGCGUGCGGGAGCGGCUGCAGGAGGUGACCCUCGGCUGGGAGAGCCUGCAGGCCAAGGCCAACCAGCGGCGCCAGUGGCUACGCCAGGCGGAGGCCGUCCAGAGAUACCUUGCCGACUGGAGGCAGCUAGUGACGUGGAUGAGGGAGACCCUGUCCCUGGUGAGAGGGGAGGGGAUGGGGAGCGAGCCAGGAGACCUGGAGCAGCUGAUCAAAAGGCAUGAGGAGUACCGCACUCAGAUUGACAGACAGCUGGACCAAUCACAGGCUGUGAAAAAUGAGGGGCGGAGUCUCAUAAAGGAGGGGUUCAUGUCCCAAGAGCUGGAGGAGCGUGUGGCGGAGCUGCAGGAGCUGGGGCAGACUCUGCAGGAGAGCUGGGAGGAGCAGCAGCAGCUGCUGGCCUAUCAGCGGGAGCUGCAGCAGCUGCAGAGGGAACUGGCGCAGGCCGAGCACUGGCUCAGCGCCCACGAGGGAGGCCUCAAGGCCAACAGCUACGGGGACUCUGUGUCGGAUGUGUUGGAGCUGCUGAAGAAGCAGGAGGACCUGGAGGCCAUGAUUGAGGCCCAGAAUGAGCGAUUCAACGCCUUAAAUGAGAAGAAGCUGCAGAUUGAGCUUAAAAUUGGCAACAGGGAGUCCAAAAAGACACCUGUGCGAGUUUCUUCGCUGAAACACAAGCCGGCGGACCUUACUCUGACUCCGACUCCGAGCUCCCGGACCACCGUGCCUUCUGUGCUCAGGAGCGGCAGCAAAGGGAAAGGCGACUCCUCGGCCUCUGCCUCCGUCCCCACCGCACACUUCCUGAGUAAGGCCCCUCCCAAGGGUUCCUCACUGGCCUCCUCCAGCACACCAGCUUCGCUUUCUCGAUCUCCGCUGAGGUCCACCUCGCCCGAGUCCAGACGAUCGGCAACGCCGUCGGACAAACGCUCAGAGUCUCCCAGCUUUGCUGAAAAACAGCCCUCUGGUAGUCCCACAUCCACGGAGAUGCGGUAUCCAUCCCGGCUUUCUUCCCGUGAGCGAGAACUAUCUUCUGGUGUAACUCCAGGAGAUAAGCCUCCCAUCGCACCAAAGCCAACGCUAUCCAGCCAGAGCCUGGAAUCAGUGCAGAAGCUAGAUGCAGACCCCCCCACACCAGCCCCUAGGUCUUUUGAGUCGCCUGUCUCAGAUCAACUAGCCGCACAAUCCUCUCCUAUCCUCUCUUCCAAGGCUGAGGAUACGCCUAAACUGGAUUCACCAGACUCUAAGUCUCCAGACCGUCUUGAACAUUCCAUUGACUUUGAUGAGGCUCCACUGCAACGUGCUGAGCCAGUUGCUGUCCGCCCUGAGUCUCCGUGUCCUCCUGAACCGGCCCCCGCUUCCCCAGACCCUGAGCCGGCGGUGGCGUCGUCUGGCUCCGACUCACUUUCUUCAUCCCAAGAGCCGGACUCACCUCCGAGACAGGAGGACCUACCAGAGGAGGCUGCCGAGUCCAAGCCCAAGCCUGCUCCUCGAAAAUCGCCAAUUGGAGAUUCCGCUGCACGUAUGGAAGGAAUGUUGGAAAUUAGACUGAAACAUGGAGGAACCAAAGGUGCAGAUAAUUGGGAGGCUGUGCAUGCUGUUCUGGAGGGGCAGACCCUGAACUUGUUCAGAGACCAGGAUACUUCUGAAGAGAACACACUAUUUCCUCCUAUUGGUUUAAAAAAUGCCAUAUGUAAAGACAACCCUUAUUACCGAAGAAAGGAGCACACCUUCAAAAUAAUACUGGAAGACGGAAGUCAUUAUAUGUUCGCCGCUGAGAGCGAUGACCAACGGAAAGUGUGGGCCCAGGAGCUCCAGGAGAGCAUCUCCCCCACUACCUCUCAGGAGCAUUACGGGAGAAAUGUAGCGCUUCAGGGGAGGGAGGCUGCAGAGGCGAGCGCUACAACAGCCGCCGAUCCAGACACUGUUGCCACAGACAGGCCAAACGCUCAAGCACACGCUGAGAACGGCGAGAUGGACAGAGAGCCGCCACCAAAGCCCCCCCACACCUACUACAAUGUACACCGCUAUCAUGAUGAUACCAAAGAUAUGGGGGAUCCUCCAAGGAGCACGCUGACCAGGAACACUCCCCCUUCCGCCCCACCCCCUCUUCCGCCCACAGACACCGGUGGAAAGGACAAGACCAAAACCAAGAGCGUCUUCAAGAAACUCUUUAAGAAAUGAUCCACCACAAGAGGGCGACAGGCAUCCACUCAGCCCACAGUCGCUCAUGACUGGCACACUUAUAGUUUAAAACAGCAAUAGUUAGGCUAACUGUGAUGGUUUCCAGUUCCCUUUUUUCAAAAGAAGCUGGAUGAUUCGGUUUUUAAUCAAAUGAUCGAGCGCAUGUUUACAUUAAACAUAUUUCAAAAUGUAUUUAUUUUAACGUCAAAAUCUUGAAAAGAGGAGAAACGAUAUGGUGUGAUCACAGCCUAUAUAUGUUGGUAGCAUAUAUAUGCUUUUAGGCGAAAUAUUUUGCAAUGAUUUUUCGAACUGUAUUUUGUAAAUCAGUUUUAAAUGAAAUUAAUAAUAAAAUAAACAUUGAAAACAUGAUAUUCUGAUAGAUAUUCAGUGUAACACUGUGUUAUAGUAGGCUGCAUAAUC